ACAGUCAGUGUCGUACAAAUUGCAGACUCACCAUGGCGUUGAAAGAGACCGCAGCCUUGUAUGAGAUGCUAAAAUCAGAGUGGAAUAAGAAGAAUCCGAACCUGAACAAAUGUGGAGAACUUCUCAGUAAGCUGAAGAUUACACUAUUGGAGCUGAACUUUCUGCCCACCAGUGGACCCGCACUUACCAAACAGCAGCUCAUUUUAGCCCGCGAUGUCCUUGAAAUCGGAGCGUUGUGGAGCAUCCUGAAGAAGGACAUCCCAUCUUUUGAGAGAUACAUGGCUCAACUGAAAUGCUACUACUUUGAUUACAAGGAAGAACUUCCUGACGCUGCCUAUAUGCACCAGCUGCUUGGACUAAACCUGCUCUUCCUGCUGUCACAGAAUCGUCUGUCUGAGUUUCACACAGAACUCGAGAGACUGAGUGGUCGAGACAUUCAGACCAACGUGUACAUCCGACAUCCAGUUUCCUUAGAACAGUACUUGAUGGAAGGAAGCUACAACAAGGUAUUUCUGGCAAAAGGCAACAUUCCUGCUGAGAGCUACACCUUUUUUAUAGACAUCCUGCUUGACACCAUUCGAGAUGAGAUUGCAGGCUGCAUAGAGAAAGCGUACGAGCAGAUCCAGUUCACAGAGGCGACCCGGGUGCUUUUUUUCAACUCCCCCAAAAAAAUGACAGAGUUCGCCAAAAAGAGAGGCUGGACUCAGACCCCAGAUGGCUGUUACUCUUUUACCACUCAGCAGCAGCGGACGGAAGAAGUGACCAUCCCCUCCACGGAGCUGGCACAGCAGGUCAUCGAAUACGCACGACAGCUGGAAAUGAUUGUGUAAUCCGUCCCUGUGAACACUCGGCCAUGUACAGACUCAGACAAACAAUGCUGAUUCAGGAAACGUUAAGUCGGCUCCAAACUGCGGUUUCGAUAAGGGAUGUGACUUCACUUUUUUGCCAAAGUGAUUUAUUUGUUUCCCAUACUUAAAAAAAAACAAAACAUUUAUUUUUUCUGGUUUUCUUUAUAUAUUAUUUCUGCCUGGUUUGUAUUUUCUAUUUAGAAUAUGCAGAACCAAAAUGACGACAGUUUUUCAGUUUUUUUGGAGGCCUCAGUGCUUCUACAAUCCUUCUGUCCAUCUUCAAAAAAGGUCUUUUAGAUUGAAUGCAUGACAUGUUUUUUUUUUCCAAAUUAAACUUUUUGAACUUAAAGUUUUAUUUUCAGACCAUAGAAAACUAUUCACAUCCAUUCACAACUGAGACCUGGUUUGAUUUUCUUUGUAGUAAAAUCCCUUUUUCCUUAGAUGGUCUGCCUUUUACUUUAUUCUAUAUUGAAAUUCUUUCGGUAAUAAAGCAUUCAGUGGUGUCAUAAA